GGUUGAGUUGGGUUUAAUGAGCCCAGUCCCAAGGGCCACCUGUGCGUACCUGUCAGUCCCCGGGGCACCUGCGACCCCAAGAGGCUGCACCCUCCCUCCUCGUCCAUGGGACACUUUCACUUCCCCAGCGGAUUCCGGCCACCCGCUGCCGUCACAGGGCUGGACAGUCCCGCGCCAGCUACAUCCCCACUGGCCAGCGCGGCCUCGCAGGCACGCGAGGGGUGGGGGCGGGCUCGGGGCUCGGGCGGCCCUGACGUCACGACCGACCCUCACCCACGAGUCUGGGUGCAGGCCCCGUGCCCCUGAAGACAUGGAGUUUGUGUCGGGAUACCGGGACGAGUUCCUGGAUUUCGCAGCCCUCCUCUUCGGCUGGUUCCGGAAGUUCAUGGCGGAGCGUGGGUCUGUGGGAGCCAGCUUGGAGGGGCGCUGGCGUCAGCUGGAAGCUCAGAUCAGGAGGCUGCCCCAGGACCCCGCCCUGUGGGUGCUUCACGUCCUGCCCAAUCGCAGUGUGGGCAUCAGUUUGGGGCAAGGAGCAGAACCAGGCCAUGGAUCAGGUUUUGGGGCUGCCCGGCUCCUGGGUGAUGAGCCCCCCCUCCACCUUCGAGACCUAAGCCCCUAUGUCAGUUUUGUCAGCUUGGAGGAAGGGGAGGAGGGCGAAGAGGAGGAAGAGGAGGACGAGGAGGAGGAGGAAGAGGAAAAGAAUGGAGAGGAGGGUGGAAGCAAGGAGAAGGGAGAGCCAGAGGAGAAUGGGGGAGCAGCUCCUACCAGCAGGGAGUCCCCCCAAGAAGCAAGCCCUCCAGGGGAGCCAGAAGAGGCUGAGCAGGAGGCCAGAGGUGGUGAGGAUGGCUGCCGAGAGAAGAGGGCAGAGGAUGAAGCAGGGCCUGAGAGGAGAAAGGGACGGAGAAGUGAGGUUGUCCCCCUGCACCUUUCCUGCCUCCUACUGGUGACAGAUGAACAUGGCACCAUUUUAGGCAUUGAUCUACUAAUGGAUGGAGCCCAGUGGGGUGCAGCUAGGGGUUCUGGGACAGAGAGCCUGGCUGCUCGGGCCUAUGCUCUCCUCUGCCACAGCAUGACCUGCCCUAUGGGCUCUGGAGACCCCCGAAAGCCCCGACAGCUUACAGUGGGAGAUGCCCAACUACACAGGGAACUGGAGAAUCUGGUCCCAAGGCUGGGAGUAAAGUUAGCCAAGACCCCAAUGAGGACAUGGGGCCCCCGACCAGGCUUCACCUUCGCCUCCCUUCGUGCUCGAAGCUGCCACGUUUGUCAUAGGCACAGCUUCGAAGUGAAGCUGACACCCUGCCCCCAGUGUCACGCCGUGCUGUACUGUGGAGAGGCUUGUCUCCGGGCCGACUGGCGCCGAUGCCCAGAUGAUGUGAGCCACCGAUUUUGGUGCCCGAGACUUGCAGCCUUCAUGGAGCGGGCAGGAGAACUAGCCGCUCUGCCUUUCACCUACACUGCAGAAGUGACCAGUGAAACCUUUAACAAGGAGGCUUUUCUGGCUUCAAGGGGCCUCACUCGUGGCUACUGGAUCCAGCUCAGCAUGCUGAUUCCAGGCCUUGGCACCCCCAGGCACCCCCGGGGUAGCACUCCAUCCCUCAGUCUUCUUCUCAGUGGAGACCCCUACCAGUUUCUUCAGGGAGAUGGCUCUGCCCUGAUGCCUCCUGUGCCCCUAGACUCCCCCAAAAGCCUCUUUGGUUCAUGGCAGGAUUACUACACAUGGCGGGGCCUCGGCUUGGACUCCCCCAUGGCUGUGCUCCUUACCUACCCACUGACUGUCUACUAUGUCAUCACCCACCUGGUACCCCAGUCCUUCCCUGAGCUCAACAUCCAGAACAAACAGUCACUGAAAAUCCAUGUGGUGGAGGCUGGGAAGGAAUUUGACCUUGUCAUGGUGUUUUGGGAGCUCUUGGUCUUGCUCCCCCACGUGGCCUUGGAACUGCAGUUUGUGGGUGAUGGCCUGCCCCCCGAGAGUGACCAGCAGCAUUUUACCCUGCAGAGGGAUGGCCCUAAAGCAUCUGUCCGCCCUGGCUCUGGGGUAUCAGCACGACUCAACUCUGGGACUAAGGAGAAGGGGGGACGCAGAGACCUGCAGAUCAAGAUGUCUGCCCGACCAUACCACCUGCUCCAGGGGCCCAAGCCUGAUCUCGUUAUAGGAUUUAACUGCGGCUUUGGUCUCAAAGACACUUGGCUGAGUUUGCUGCCCAGGCUACAGUCCCUCCGAGUGCCAGCCUUCUUCACGGAGAGCAGCGAGUAUGGCUGUAUGAUGGACGACCAGACUAUGGCAGUGGCCACUGGUGGGGGUACCAGCCCUCCACAGCCCAACCCCUUCCGCUCCCCCUUUCGCCUCAGAGCGGCGGAUAACUGCAUGCCCUGGUACUGCAAUGCCUUCAUCUUCCACCUGGUCUACAAGCCUCCGCAGGGAAACGGGGCGCGGCAGGCACCCGGGCCCGCGCCCGCUGCCCCCACCCCAGCUGCUCCUCCCGCCCCCGCCCGCAGGCGCCGGGGAGAAAAGAAAACUGUACGUGGGGGCCGCAGACGAAGAUGAGGGCUGUGAGGUAGCAGUCCAGUCCCUCCCCCAGCACCCUCAGAAGGGAAACCGAAAACACCCAAGACCCAGAGGGAGGCGACUGGCUGGAGCGUGGAGAGAUAAAUAAAAUGCUUGUUGGAA